UAUGAGGACAUAUGACAUGAUGUUUUUGUGAUUUGUGAGUCCGUGUUCUUUGAAUGUCAACAAUUGAAUAUCACUUUUUAUUUGCAAUAAUUGAUUCAAAGCAAUUAUUAGAGAUAUUCAUGAAUAAACUACUUAUUCAUGUACAUUGUUAAUAAGUAACUUACCGAACUCGGAACUGUUUUUUCGGUUCCGCAGUUAUUUCGAUCGAAGUGUAGUGCCCCACUUCAAAAUUAGUGGUACCACAAAUUCAAAAUACCUAGUACUUGAGACAUGACUCCCUUCAAAAUGAUUUGGGAAAUUAUGUUUACGCCGAGAUUAAUAAAAAUUUACAGCCCCAGAGGCGAGACAUUCUACCAACCAGAUACUUUGGAGAAAUGGAGUGAUCGAGUGAUAAGAUCCCUGCCUGUAUUAUGGAAAAUUGGGCUCUACACUUCGCCAGUUUGGAUCGGAAUCUUAUAUCAACGCGGUUACUUUGAGCAUGACAGGCUAAUGAUCCUAUCGAAACUAGUGACCAGCUUUGGGAUAAUAAUCGUAGCUUCUUUUAUCGUCCGAGCUAUGAGGAGGCUGCAAAAAGAUGAUUAUUGCGAAUUUCUCAAUUCAUUGCGAGAAGCUGAGAAAAAUCUAACUCCAGUGACAAAACGAAAGCUGAAUAUGUACGACUUUGAGUUCAAAGCUUGGCCUGUCGAAUUCAAAUGUACAGAAGAUAACAGUCGUACGCAACUGAGCUUGGAGAAAAAAUGGACUUCUCACAGUUUGACCAAUUUUGUCGCCGAGCUUCCUCUGAAAGCCAUAGCUUAUGCAGCUAUUCACACUUUUGGAAUAAGAUUGAUUUAUCCUGGUAGCUUGGGAAUUCUUCAAAUGAUACUGGACCAGAGCUUGUUACAAGGCAGAGGUAGGCUCGUGUUAGAAUACAGGGGGGAGCGCUUCAAGGUGGAGACGGCAGAUAAUAACUUCAUUGAUACAAUGUUCAUGGACAAGAGAAACGCUGCUCCUAACGGCAACACGCUGGUUAUUUGUUGCGAAGGUAAUGCAGGCUUCUAUGAGAUAGGUCUGGCUGUAACUCCAUUGGAAGCCGGUUAUUCAGUACUGGGCUGGAACCAUCCCGGGUUCGGAUGUAGCACGGGGAUACCUUUUCCACGACAAGAACACAACGCUAUUGAUGCUGUCAUGAGCUUCGCGAUAAACAAACUAGGAUUCAAAGAGGAAAACAUCCUAAUUUAUGGUUGGAGCAUCGGGGGGUACUCUGCGUCGUGGGCCGCAAAUCAUUACCCCAACAUAAAGGGUGUCGUUUUAGACGCGACCUUCGACGACCUCUUGCCCUUAGCUCAGAAUCACAUGCCAAAUUGGUGGGGAAACAUUGUAUACUUCGCUAUCAGGAGCCACGUGAAUCUGGACGUGUUUGAGCAACUGUCUAAAUAUUCAGGACCGGUUUUGUUGAUCAGGCGUACCGAAGACGAAGUGAUUUGCCUAAGAGAAGGAGACAUUUCUUCAAACAGAGCCAAUGAUCUCCUGUACAAAUUGCUUCGCCUUAGAUAUCCGUAUGUUUUUGAAUCUUCGAACCACCCGAUUUUCAAAUAUUUGGAGAUCUCCCAUAGAGCACAAGAGGACUUCUUGAUCAAACACUCUGUGGAUGAUAACUUGUGCACUUCGUUGCUGCAGUCGUACAUCUCUGAGCAUUCCAAGGAGUAUCCCAUGAAGAUCGGAGAGACUUUCAGCUUGCAAGAAAGGAAUCGAAUGGGGUUAUUCUUGGCCAAAAAGUACAUGAAAGACUUUAAAUCCUCACACUGUGUAAAUUUACCAGCGGACAUGUUCGAGAUGCCAUGGGAUCUGACAGUGGAAUCCGAUUAUGUAUUCACAUAAGUAUGUAAUUGAAUACUUUUAAAUUUAGGGCAUGAAUGUAUCUAUAGUUGUGUACUAGAAAUAUUUCUAACGAUUCAAUUGCCUCGCCAAGGGUUGUGGAAGGUGACAUGACUGUAGAUAUGUGAAAAGUGAGAGAAAUAUUUAUUUAUUUUGUAGCGUUCAUUGAUAUACAGUUUGGUGUAACGAAAUAAAUUAAGGUGAUAGUUA